AACAAUGAAUGAAAUAGGGAGGAAGAGACAUGUUAGGGAGCCACCUUGUGUUCCAUUUCUAUGGGAAGUAAGGCCAGGCAUUGCCAAGAAAGAUUGGAAGCCAGAGUUGUGUUCAUGUAGCAGCCAGUUUCCUUGUCCUGAACCUCCACUCAAACUAAUAGCCUCAGUUCCCUUUCUUUGGGAAGAAAAACCUGGAACACCACUACCUAAUUUCUCACUUUAUUCUUCUUCACUGGAUAACAUUGAUUCCAAUGAUGAGAGUAGUGAAGCUAUUACUGGCAUGGAGCUUGAAACAUUUAGGUUUGACAUUGAUGAAUCAAUGGAGGAAAAGUCAUUGGUUGAACCUGAAGUUGAAACCACAUUGUGGGCAACUUGCUCAGAGACAGAGAGUUGCACAAGCAGCUAUGAAACAGGAAGGUCAAGUCCAACUGGUGCCACUUUCUUAGAAUGCCUAUUUCCAUUGUAUCCACCAAAAUCAGGCUUUCUUGAAAGGGAUGAGAACUUUCUGUUUUCAACUCAACCAGCAGAAGUAAAGGCAGAAGAAGAUGUUGAUGAUGGAGAGUGUACUAAUGGCAGUGAGAUGACGAUGAGGAGGAAGGUGCCAACACUUGGAGAACUAAUCAUGAUGAGUAGAAGAAGAAGCUGCAGAAGGAAAGCACUUCACAUGAACUGGGAUCAUAAUCCACCUAAGUGAUAUUUGUGCAGGAAAUGAGAAGAAAGGAAGAUUUUGGAUGCUUCAACUUUGUACGUGGCAACAUAGUUGAGGGACUAUUCAAGAGAAGCUACUUGCCGAGAAUGAAACUAGUCAAGGCAAGGCAGGGGACGAUGAUAAUAGAGCCAAAGCUCACAAUAUAAUUUCUAUUUUAAUACUUAAAUACACGUUUUGGGUUUCAGUUUGUGGAGUGUGGAGUGUUGAACAAUUAACUUGUGCUAAUAUAUAUAUAUAUUAACUUGAACUACCACUUUAUUACAAUUUUAACUAAGAAAUAAAACAUUAAACAAAAUUGGUAGGGCGGGCCAGGCCUAGAAGCAAGCUCCUAUGGUGACCUAUCCCCCUUGAAAAAUAAAGUUAAUAUCGUUAUAGACUCUACAUAUCAGAUAUUAAGCUGAGCAGAACAUAUACCACACUUGGU